AUGGCCCUGCAUUUCGACGAUGACGAGUUCGCCGCGCGAAAAGGGCGUCUUCUGGCUGCCAUGGCCGAGGACAAGCUCGACGCGAUGCUGCUCUUCGCCCAGGAGAGCAUGUACUGGCUGACCGGCUACGACACGUUCGGUUUUUGCUUCUUCCAGUGCAUGAUCGUCGAAAAGAACGGCGAUGUGGCGCUUCUGACCCGCUCGGCCGACCUGCGGCAGGCGCGCCACACCUCCAAUGUGGAGACGAUCGUCGUCUGGGAGGACCGCAGCCAUGCCAACCCGGCCAAGGAUCUCAAGGAGCUUCUCGCCGACCGCGAUCUGGUCGGCGCCCGUAUCGGCGUCGAAUAUGACAGCGCCGGGCUGAACGCCCAUUACGGCCGGCUGCUGGACGACCAGUUGGCAAGCUUUGCCGACAUGCGCGACGCCUCGCGCCUGGUGUCCCGUCUUCGCGCGGUCAAGAGCGCCGCCGAGAUCGCCUGCGUGCGCAAGGCCGCCGAACUGGCCGACGACGCUUUCGACGCGGCGAUGAAGAAGGUGCGCGCGGGCGCCGACGAGGCGGCGAUCCUGGCCGCGUUGCAGGGGCAUAUCCUUGCCAAGGGCGGCGACUAUCCGGGCAACGAGUUCAUCAUCGGCUCCGGCCGCGACGCGCUGUUGUGCCGCUACAAGUCCGGCCGGCGCACGCUCGACGAAAACGACCAGCUGACCCUGGAGUGGGCCGGCGCCUGGCGCCGCUACCAUGCCGCGCUGAUGCGCACGGUGAUCAUCGGCAAGCCCACCGACCGCCAUGUCGAGAUGCACGCCGCCGCGUCCGCUGCGCUCGAGGCCGUCGAGGGCGCGAUGCGCCCAGGCAGCACGUUCGGCGACGUGUUCGACGCCCAUGCCCAUGCGCUCGAGGAUGCCGGCAUGACCCGCCACCGGCUGAACGCCUGCGGCUAUUCGCUGGGCGCCCACUUCACGCCGUGCUGGAUGGACCGGCCGAUGUUCUAUGCGGGGAACCCUGAAACGGUGGCCGAAAACAUGACGCUUUUCGCGCACAUGAUCAUCAUGGAUUCCGAUAGCGGCACCGCCAUGACGCUGGGCCGCACCUAUCUGACCACCGAAGGGGCGCCCGAGCCGCUGUCGCGGCUGGGCCUUGAUUUGACCGUCGCAUGA